UUAGCUGUUGUUGUCACACUGGAAGAAAAUGGCUGCCGCUCCGACUUUUUUUCAAUGAAGACACAAUUUCAUUUCGUUUUCUUGCAUCGGAGCUACAGUCGACCGCUAUGCAAUCCACAAGGGUGUGAAUGGUCACGUUAGGAAGGUGACAGUGUGGGGCAGAAAGGACAGCAUCGUCUACCGUCACUCGCCUUGCAUCUGGCGGUGGACCACAAUGCAACAAGUUUUGGAAUAUGCAUUGGAUCGAGCCGAGUACAUUGUUGAAAGUGCUCGACAACGACCGGCCAAAAGAAGGAUAUCUUCAGGCGGGAGGAAGAGUUUGUAUCAGAAACUCUAUGAGCUGUACAUAGAGGAAUGUGAGAAAGAGCCAGAGUUAAAGAAUUUGAGAAGAAAUGUGAAUCUACUGGAGAAGCUGGUGUCUCAGGAGUCUGUGUCAUGUUUGGUGGUCAACCUGUACCCUGGGAAUGAAGGCUAUUCUUUAAUGCUCAGGGGCAAAAAUGGGUCCGAUUCUGAAACCAUCCGUCUGCCAUAUGAAGAAGGAGAACUGCUGGAGUACCUGGAUGCUGAGGAGUUGCCUCCUAUUCUGGUAGAUCUGUUGGAGAAAUCACAGGUGAACAUCUUCCACUGCGGAUGUGUAAUAGUAGAGGUGCGAGACUACAGGCAGUCUGGUAAUACUAAGAUGCCCACCUAUCAGAGCAGACACAUCCUGCUGCGGCCAACCAUGCAGACUUUGAUCUGUGAUGUCCAUGCCUUGACCAGUGACCACCACAAGUGGACACAGGAUGACAAAUUACAACUGGAGAGUCAGUUGAUUUUGGCAACGGCCGAACCCCUGUGCCUGGAUCCCUCCAUUUCUGUCACCUGCACAGCCAACCGCCUGCUUUACAACAAGCAGAAAAUGAACACUCGCUCCAUGAAACGGUGUUUCAAGAGACACUCUCGAGCUGCACUGAACAGGCAGCAAGAGCUGUCCCACUUGCCCAUGCCACCGCAGUUACGACUCUACGACUACCUACAGAGGAGAAAGGAGAGGAAACCUGUUCCUGUCAUAGACCUUAAGAUCUCCAAGGUUGGAAACUGUGUUGACAUGUGGAAGCAGAGCAACUGCCAACUAAGUGUACCGAAGGAAAUUGAUGUGGAAAAGUAUGCUGUGGUUGAGAGAUCCUUGCAGCUGGAGGACUCCCAGCCCACUACUGUGAUCUGGCCUGCUGAGGAAGUUGUAGAUGACUACACGUUUGAGUGUGAGGUCGGGGGUCAAGCCCAGAGGACCAAGGUGUCUAUCUUCCAAUCGAUGGGAGACCCGCUGGUGUACGGGAAGAUCUACUGUGCUAAAGAAUCAAAGGCAGAGGAGGAGAGCACAGAUCUAAAGCUCAUACAUCCCCCGUUUCUUAUAGGUUCAAAGAUAGAUGCAGACCGGUUUCUUGAUCAGUACAAAGGAGUGUAUGAAAGAGAUGUGAAGUGUCAGGUCAAGAUGUCCCAUAACUCAGGCAACGUGGGACAGGGGCCUCCCUCUCCCAGCAAAGAUGAGGGUGAUGGUAUUUCUCCACUGGUCCAGACGUCUGUAUUGGGAAAAGGGGUGAAACACCGCCCCCCUCCCAUUAAACUGCCUUCAGGAUCAGGCAGCAGCUCCUCAGGUAAUCCAUAUAGUUCCCAAACCAGUGGUCUACUCAAGUGUCCUACGCCCCCUCCAGCCAAAAGCCAGUCUCUGAACAGAAAGCACUCCAUGGAGCUGGGCCAGGUUGGCUUGCUGUCACCUGCUUCCCUCUCUCCAAUGGGCUCCACACAGAGAUCGGGGACCCCCAAGCCAUCCACCCCCACACCCACCAACACGCCAUGCUCGACCCCACACCCUGCUGACUCUCUCAGCGCUCCUCUCUCGGUGACCCCGACCCUGUCAGACCCUCCCAUGGUUCAAAGCCAGUCGCAGCCCACCCUCCUCACGCCUUUCGCCCAGCAGCAACUGGCUCUAAGCCAACCCCUACCCGUAAUGACCAUUCCCCUGCCCACCAUGGGUACAUCUAUCACCACGGGAACCACCUCGUCACAGGUCAUGGCCAACCCCGCAGGGCUCAAUUUCAUCAAUGUUGUCAGCUCCGUCUGCAGUCCUCAGACUUUGAUGAGUGGCUCUAACCCCAUGCUGGGUCCAGGCCUUAACUUGAGUGGAAUCCUGCCACCUGGAGGCCUGAUGCCCACCAUGCAGUCCGCAACACAGACUGGGAGUCCUUUUGGCCUGAACAGCAGUGCGGGGUUGAGACCACUGAACUUACUGCAGAUCCCCACUGGGCCUCUCAUCUUUAACUCUCUGCAGCAGCCGCAGCUGUCUCAGUUCUCCCCACAGCAGAGUCAGUCAGCCACCUCCAGCCCUCAACAGCAGGGGGAGACGGGUGAACAGGGGACGGACCAAAGUUUAGGAAACCAGCAAACAGCGGUCAUCAACCUAGGAGUCGGAGGCUUCAUGUCUCCUCAGGCAGCAGUGCUGUCCCAGUUGGGCUGUGGGCUGGACGGGUCUGGGCCCCCGCUGCCUUCUCCAAGGCUUCAGCAGCAGCAUCAGCCACAGAUCCAAUUGCAAUUCUUGCAGCACCAAAUGCAGCAGCAGCAAAUGGCUAUGGGAGCAGCAGCUCCUCAGGGGGGAGCGCCACGGCAACAUACCGCCAGCCAACCAAGAAGUAAGAGGAAGCGAAGCACGCCGCAGCCUCUCCCAAAGUCAUGACAGACUAAUAUC